ACUUCAUACGUGCCGGAAAUUAUGGCAUGUUUUAUUUUUUUAUCUCGUACAUUCAUUUGAAAAAUUCUUCAAAAAACCUUAAAUAAAUAGAAGUUUCAGAGGACAAACAUUUUAACGACAUUUUUCUAAAGUGUUUGUUUCUCUUUCUUGUUGUCUACUCACCCAACCAGACUGCUCUUUUACCCCCGGCUUUAUUGAUUGUUCUGUUCGCGAAGUGAUUGUAUUGAGAUGAGUGAGUCCGUGAGUUUAUGUCUAGCUGAUCUUCAAGCGAAACGAAAUGAAAUAAGAAAGACAUCUUGGGAACUUUCAUGAAUUCAUAAAUCUGAAAAGAUCUAACUUUUCAUAAAGGUGCAAAAACUGUCCUGUGAGCAGACACCAGCGAUUGUGGCCUAGUUCAUGCUGAAAAAUGGCGGCCGGUUACGACUCUGAAGUUGAAAAACGUUUGAAGGAAUUUGAGCAAGUGGUUGCUGAUAUUGGAAAGAUGGAUUUCAACUGCGAUAGAUCCACUUUUUGCCAAUCUUUUAUGAGGCAUGUAUCAGGAAUUCGUGAGAUGAUUUUGUAUUUAACAGAGCAAAGGCUAGAUUUGCAUAAACAGCAACUUGAAAACCUGAAAAGAAAGACUGCCGAAUUCAUGGCGCUAGAGGAGUACCAGAGAAACCAGACUGUGCUUCAAGCGAAGCAAGCGCUGCAAAAAGAGUUACAAGCUCAGCUAAACGAAUACAAAGAUAUGAUUAUGAAGUUGACAGAAGCAUGCACCUGGAUCACAUUGUCAACAAAUGAAAAAAUCAAGCCGUCUAGCAGUGGCAUGGACCUAAUGGGACGGUGCAUUUUGAAGGAAAGUAGAAAGAUGGUGCAAGGGUUGCCAAUUUACGCAAGCAGGACCGAAAUUGUUGAAGCAUUGAAAAACCACCAAUAUAUUGUUUUAAAAGGUGAAACAGGAUCUGGAAAAAGUACCCAAGUACCACAAUACAUACUGGAGGGCGUAUCAGAAAAAUCCAAACUGGCAACCCUGAUAUGUACGCAACCUAGAAAAGUGGCGGCGAUUAGCCUUGCAAAGAGGGUAGCAUUAGAGCAGUUUGAGGCAGUUGGGAAACAUGUGAGGUAUUGGGUUGGAAUGAACAAAGUCUGUGGAGAUGAAACUAAGUUGGUGUUCAUGACAGAUAGGAUGCUGUUAAACUACUGUUUGGAAAACCCAAAUUUGGAUGACGUUGGAUGUGUUAUCAUAGAUGAAGCCCACGAACGCAGUGUUAAUAUAGAUCUGGUUUUGAGUUUUGUAAAAACUGCAGCUGCAAAGCGAUCUACGCUUAAAGUCGUGGUGACAUCAGCCACCAUUUCAACAAAAUUAUUCUCAGAGUAUUUCUACAACUGUCCGGUAUUUGAAAUUCCUGGUCGCACAUUUCCUGUUGAGGUGAGGUAUGAAGAACAGGAAAACACAAAGGAUGGUGGACGAGAAGAUACUUACAUCAAGCAAGCAGCAGCGAAGGCAGUUCAGGUUCAUGAAAGUGAGGGAACAGGAGAUAUCCUUGUAUUUCUGACUUCCCCACUGGAAGUUGAAAAAGCAAUAAAGCAUUUUCAUAGAGUGUCAAAGAAAGCUUCAGCCUGCACAGUGUUACCACUUCAUGGAAAGCUGCAACCAGAUGAACAAAUGAGAGUUUUUGAAACUGUCAAAGAUGGAAGUAGGAAGAUCGUAUUUUCAACUAAUGUUGCUGAGACAUCUGUAACAAUUCCAGGUAUCAAGUUUGUCAUUGAUACUGGUAGGGUUAAAGAGAAAAUGUUUGAUGCAAAAAGGGGCAAUAGCUACCUGGAAGUGAAAAUGGUCAGCAAAAGCUCCGCCAUACAGAGGAUGGGGCGUGCUGGAAGAACAGGCCCAGGAAUAUGUAUUCGUUUAUACAGCCAAGGCGCUUACGAAAAGCUGGACGAAAACACGGAACCAGAAAUAAAGAAAAUGCAUUUGGCCUCGGCAGUUUUGAGCUUAAUGGCUCUAGGCAUUCAUGACGUCAAAGGUUUUGAUUUCAUUGAACGUCCUGACGACAAGGCGUUAGAAACCUCCUUGGAUGUUCUGCGUAUGAUUGGUGCUGUUGAUUGGGGUGAUUCUAUUACGACGCAAGGCAAGAAGAUGGCCAAGCUUCCUGUUGACCCGCGUACUGCUAAAAUAGUUCUUGAUGGUUUGGAAAGAGGGUGCAAAGACAAGUCAGUCAUACUUGCAGCUGCAACAGUGUUCUCAUCUAACAUCUACAUCAGAUUUGGCAGCGAGGAAGAUAAAGAAAAGUCAGACAUAGGAAAACUCGAUUUCUGCAAAGAAGAAGGAGAUUUGUUGACCAUUGUAGACAUCUUUGAAAAGUGGAAUAGCAAAGAUGGAAAGAGAGAACAAAACAAAUGGUGCGUGGAAAAUUUUGUAAAUGCAAAAUCGAUGCGUUCUAUCAAAGAGCUUGAAAAGGAAAUAAAGUUUGCUUUAAGAGAAGUAGAGCCUAGUAUCAAACCAGACAGCCGUCCUAUUGAAGAAGAGCGAACUCUGUUGAAAAGGCUAAUAACAUCAGCUUUCUACGACAACAUCGCCUACUUUACUGGCAAUUCCCGAUUGGGAUAUUGGAGUCCAAAGUAUUCUCAAAGGUUUCAGUUGCACCCCUCUUCAGUUGUUAGUGCACUUGGAAUGGAGCCGGAAUUUCUGGUUUUCCAGGAUGUCCUCAAAACACCUACCGCCAGUUACAUAACUGGGAUAACCCCAAUCGAGGAGCAGUUUUUGGAGAUGCUGUGCCCCCAUCCAUCCUACAAGAUUGAAUUACAUUCACUGUUAAAUCAAAGAGUUUUUAAGAAAAUCAUUUCACCAGUUGGCUCAGCAGUUAUGAAAGAUCUCAUUGCGAAUCGGGCAGAAAAGAAGAAGGUGCUAGAAAGUGAAAUAACAAAGAAAGGAGAGUUUCCAGGGCUGCUUGAAAUAUGCUCAGAGAAAAGGCAAUUUGUGAUUUAUGCAACAAAAUUGAUGGAAAGCAAAGCAACAAAAUUGCUCAAUGAUUGUGUCAAAGAGAUGCAAGAAAAACUCACGGCUGAAACCAAAGAAAUACAGUUGGGUGGCAAUACGAUUGGAUAUCGAAUUUUGAUCGGAGCUGGUGGUGAAGCCUUGAGAAUCUUGGAACCAGAUGAAUUUUCUGCAAUUCAAAUUGAGAUUCAUGAGCAACAUAUCGGUGUCACUGAAAAAUGUUUCGAAGAAAUAAAAGUAGAGAUAUCUGAAAAGUUGAAAAACUGUGCGAUGGUGAAGCAGAAAAGUAUUAACAAGAAGGAGACAUCUGAGCAGCGUAAUCCGUUUCGAUGGGGCAUGGUUCAUUUCAAUAAUACGGAGGAUGCCCAACAAGCAAUAAAGAAACUGCAGUUUUCCACGCAUGGAUGUCAAGUCAUAGCCAAACCCCAAUUCUUUGCUGGAAGGAAUUUGGAGAAUGGAUCCUUGGUAAAAGUUGUUGUCAAAUGGUCUCGAAGAUGGUCUCAAGGUUUUGGAUUCAUUGUUUGCAAAUCAUAUGCUGCUGCACAGGAAAUUAAGAGUGAAAUUCGAUGGUUUUGCCGGAGUGACAAAAAAAAUAUACUGAAAAUAUUUUGCCGACUGAUUGAUAAAAGUAUUGACAAUGAGAAAUUCAGAAAUUCUCUGCAAGAGGACCUUGGGGUCAGCGAAUACAAUAAUAAGGUCGUCAAUGCAUUCAUUGAAUAUAGGAAUGAACAACAUUCGGCAAAAGAAGAGAGCAUCUACGAGUGGAGAUUGCGAGAAAGGCUUGCUGGAAUCCCCUAUGAAUCUAUCAAGAUAUUUCCCAUCAAGGACAAGAAAGCAGUCAUCCGUAGAGCUUGUAUACUAUUUGCGAGCUUCCAGGAUGCUGAAGAGGCAGUACGCUGCUUGAAUGGUCCAGGAAUCUUAGGGACACAAGACUGCAGCGCGGCCAUUGAGUUGAAGAAGAAAUUCUAUUGCAAGGAAGCCAUCUUUCCUGUGAUCGACAAGGAUUUGAAAGCCCUGCAGCAUGAUUCAAGAGGUAAGGAUGUAGAAAUAAAAGUGGAAAAAAGCAAGUCAAAUAACAACUGUAAAAUUGUGACCAUCUGUGGGAAGGAUUCGUUGCUCUACAAAAUGCUUCUCUGUCGCUUACAAAGCAUUGUGGAGGGUAAAGUCAUCAGCAAUUUGGUUGUGCCCAGCUUCUUGUACGAAACAUUAAGAAGCAAGAUAUCUGACAUGGAGACAAAAAUUGAAAAUGCAAAGGUCGACUAUGAUAGACGAACAAAACAAUUGCUUCUCUUUGGAAAGCCGAAGGCUUGCACAGUACUGGAGGAGGACAUCAAAAGACUUUUCCAGUCAGUUUCUGAAAAUGAAACGAAAAUUCACCUACGUGGACAAGGAAGGGCAACUGGGCUUAUGAAAGCUUUGAUGCAGAAAUAUGGAAAUGACUUGCGAGGGAUGAUACAAGACAAUGAAGUGAUUCAGCUUAACAUUCGAAGGCAUGAGGUAAUGGUCGUGGCAUCGGAUCAAACACAACAACGCAUAAAUACAAUGAUUAACGAAGUUGACGCAAAAUUACAUGCCGACCUUGGUGGACUAAAAUCUCCUGGCACCCAAAAUGAGAGUAUUGGCUAUGAAGACUGUUGCCUGUGUCUCUGCAAAGCUGACAUCCUGCGGUAUGCGUUAGAGGUGUGUGGACACUUGUAUUGUGUUGCCUGUGUAAACGAUCUGCUCGAAACAAGCGAACGGAAUAAGAGUUUUCCAAUCACAUGCUGUAGUGAAGGCUGUUCAAGUAGCCUCGUUCUCAGAGAUAUCGAGAACUUAAUUAAGAGCGGGGAACAACAAGGUCGACUAGCUGAAGCAGCAUUAUCUAAUCUGGUGCAAACAAAUCCAAAGCUCUACAGUUACUGCCCAACGCCAGACUGCCCUAUGGUGUACAAAGUAUCAGAACCAGAUAAUGCUAAACCUUUCACCUGUCCAAAAUGUUUCAGGAAGACGUGCACUGCUUGCCAUAAUGAUGCCCAUGUUGGAUUCAAAUCAUGUACGUCAUGGAAAGAGUACAAUAUUUUUGAGUACAACGACAACAGUCAUGUUUUGGAAUGGGCGAGGGGUAAAAACAUUAGAGAAUGCCCAAAAUGCAACAAUCUGAUAGAAGAGAACGGAGGUUGCAUGCAUGUAUCUUGUAAUUGUGGUGCACAUAUUUGCUGGAGAUGCAUGAAAACCUUUUCGUCAAGUGGUGAUUGCUAUGACCAUUUGGGAAGAUGUGGAGGGAUAUUCCCAGGGAACAUGGACCCCCCUGUUCUACACCCUGAAGCGCUACAAGCCGAAAGAGGUGGACAACCUAGACCAUUCCUUGAAAUGCGAAAUACACAGGGAGCUGCCUUUCAAAUUGCUGCAAGGAAUGCAGUGCAGAAUGAGAUGCCACGUGCUGAAAGACGAGCCCACAGAGUGCCACAAUAUCAUAUUCCAGAACAUGGCCGAAUUGGGGUAAGAGAUGGUUUGCCACAACAUCAAAUACCUGAGCAUGAUCGAAUUAGGGUAAGAAAUGUAAGGGAGAAUGAGAUGGCACGUGCUGAAAGACAAGCCCGCGGAGUGCCACAAUAUCAUAUUCCCGAACAUGGCUGAAUUGGGGUAAGAGAUGGUUUGCCACAACAUCAAAUACCUGAGCAUGAUCGAAUUAGGGUAAUCAAUGUAAGGGAGAAUGAGUUGGCACAUGCAAGAAGACCAGUCAUGGUUGGUUUAGAGCCCACUCAUAGAAGAAGAGAGGGGAAACCUUCGUGUGCUAUCAUAUAAAGAGCCAUAGUUUCGAGAGAAUUACAUUUAAACAAUUAUAAACAUAGCAAUAACAAGUUCUUAGUAGAAUUUGCGAAAAAUUGAGAGAUUAGCAAGUGAAUGAAUUGACAAUUGAAAUUCAAAGCAUACUUCCUCACAUAAAUGGCAAAGUAAUUCUAAGCAUGAAUUUUAUUAACACAAGCAAGACCUGUCUCUUACAGUCUCUGGUAGGUACCCAGAGUCUCAAAAACAUAGUUUGAAUCUAGUAUCAGAAAUCUGAGAUUUAUAAUACCCCAUCGCCGUCUUCUGUGGCUCUAAUACCCCAGGUAGCUGGUAGGCCAGAUGCGAUAUUUCUAGACGAGCAGCCUGUUGCAAAAAUGCCCGGCUAAUUGCUUCCAGGGCAAAUCAAUCUAUGGAAAUCCCGUCACUCUAUGGAAAUCCCUUUGUCUUAUCUGAAGUCCCCUAGAAAACCCAUUGUUUUGUCUAAAGUCCCUAGAAAUCUUGUUGUUUUGAUGGAAUCCUUUUUUUGCGUUGCCCCUUGUAUUGCUUCAUCACAAAGGCACAGUAAUGCUUUUUAUUUCAACAUGCAAUUUUUAUAUGAAUUGUUAGUUUGAAACUUAAUUCAAGUAUACCCAGACACUGUCAUCAAUUAUUAUUAUUCUUGUCGAAAUUGUACUGUUCUUUGCCGCUA